GAAGUGAACACGUAUUUCACAUACACUCCGUGUUUGUGAAAACAUUGCUGCGAAAAUAGGCGCGUUUUGUGUGGUUUAGCAAAAAAUCAAUCAAAUACUGAGAAGUAUUACUAGUACCGUGACGCUACGGACACACCAAGAUCAAUAUGAAAUUACUGACCCACAAUAUGCUUACAUCAAAAGCCAUGAAGGCUGUAAAAGUUGGCUUUCCGCUAGACAUCGUGGUCGUGAAAACGGAAGUCGCGGAAGCGGACUUCAGUGAGGAAUUUCUCCAGCGUAUGAUUCCGCGCCUCGACUGGCCUGCGUUCGUUCAGGCAGCUAAUAAGCUGGGCGUUGGAGCCGACCUUCCUGCCACAGCACCAACGGAAGGCGAAACAAACACAACGGUCCUGCAAGCUAUUCAUCAUGCACUGCUCGAAGUGGAGGUUGUGGAAGGCGAACUCGUGUGUCCCGAAACGAAAAGAAAGUUCCCCAUUACAAACGGCAUACCCAACAUGCUUCUCAAUGAGGACGAAGUCUAGAUGAGUCACACGUGUCUACGACUCGUGUUCAGACACACCCGUAUUCCUUUUUCUCGCAAAGCAUCCCGGAGGGAGGUUCGGCUGAUUCGACCAAUCUAUUAAAUAUACUCAGUAGUCGUAUUAAAAAGUUGAUGUGGUUCCGCCUACUUUAUCAUUAAUAACAAGCUAUGGCCAAAACAAUGUUCUGGAACAAAAACUACGGUAGCAGCAUGCAUGUUGUCGUAACAACUACAAUAUGAACCUCGGUCAAUCACGCAUCAAAGCUUCACUAAAUGCGAAAGGAACGCGUCAAUCGACUAGUUGAUAAGUUUUGAUGAAGCUCUUGCUGCUCAGUCAAUGAGAAUGAGCAUUUAUAGAAGGCGGGGAUAAACGGUGACUCGAGUUAAGACAAAACAAGCAAGCUUCAGUGAAGAGAUUAAGAAAUAGUCAUCGUCAUGUAGGACUAUGUAUGUGUAAGUGUCAGCACUUCUACUAAGAAGAAGACGUCUCUAUAAGAUCUUUCGCCCAAAAGGACUAAGCCAACAAAGACUCAGUCGCGAGUAUCUUGAUACAUUUAAGAAGAUGAAGCAAUGCACUUUCUGCUAUAAUUUAGUGCGAUUGAAAGCGGGUAACUCCGUCAAAAAAGACUAGGAAGUAUAGAUUGGCAAACUAUGGAAGGUAAUGAAAGAUUGGCAAUUCGUGGAGAUUACUGGAGGAUUGGCAGGCUGUGGGAGUUACUGGAUGAUGGGUCAGUUAUGAAGAAGAAGACAGAGAUGAUCAAUGGGAAAAUCGGUGUUAAAAUGGCAUCCAUACUGUGAACAGAGGAGUCACAUUGCAAUUUGUUAUUUUUUUUUGUUCACAUGCAACUGACCUUACGUGAAAAACCUCAUUUCUAUACGUAUGUAUUAAACGAGGUUUAGCCAUCAGAGGGAGUAAGAAGUGUAGCCAAGGUUGGCAGCUGCUAAAAUUGAGACAUUAGUACAUGUAGACGACGUCGUCUGCUCAUCUCAUGGCUAACGUAGUAGCUGAUAGAUACAGUGAAAAACACAAUAAGUUGCCAUAUUAGUCGAGAUAUUGGAGGGUUUGGACAAAUGUCCUUUUGCAAGGGGGACAACAUUUAAGAAACUAACUGUAUAUUAUUAUGGUCGAAUGACGGAUUUAGGAUGGUGAUAAGAUAUAUAUAUAUAUAUAUAUAUAUUGAGAGCUUGUUUUUGUUUCAUAUAUCGUGUAUACAUGUCCAAGGAAAGUGAGGGUAGAAAAACCAGCGUAGUCGAUGUAUGGCGACUUUAGUUAAUGAGACAGUAAACUUGAGAAUCAUACGUGUUGCUCCUAUGGUAACGAGGGUAAGCCACUGGACGUUUUUGGGGCUUUGUAAGUGUCACUAAUACAAAACGAUUGUUCCAAGGCGGCAAGCAAUAGUAUGACUAACAACGGGAGACAACGGUGAUUAGCUUUGAGCAUCUGUGAACUUUGGGUUCUUAUCUAAUUAGGGAGGAGAAAGAAAUGUAGAAACCGUAUGCACUCAUUGCUUCGUUUGGCUUGAUAAUUUUCGUUCUUACUCUGUAUCGAUGGAUAAGCUACCAGCUGUCUCAAUUGUGAAAUAAAGUAUAUAUUGCUACGUUAGUAGCAUAAAACGUAAGUGUAACUGUUAGUCUGGUUGGUAUUUCUUAGUAAGUUUAGUCUCCCAUACUUAAAUUUUACUCCCAUACUAAUUAAAUUAAAUUUGUUUGAAACGAUUUUAUUAGAUCAGUCAGCUAUACAAGGUAGAAACAAUAAACGUGCCGAUUCCUCCACAAUGCAAUAUUAUAGAUUUGCGUACGUGUUUAUAUUUAAAAUAAACAUGAUUUUGUUAGUGAUGUUUAAGCAGCUUUCGAAUAUUUAACCCGAUUGAUGUGAAUCGGCGACAUAUGCGAUCGUGUUCUCAUCUUUGGCAAGUGUCGCAUACCCGCAAAGUAAAUAAGCACAAUGUAUCGCUGAUUGCAAUUUGUGAUCCAUUAAACAAAAAUGAUUCCCUUAUCUCUUUUUUUAUUGAAAUAAAAAUCACUGUUCUAUAGUCUCGAUAUAGAAUCGAUGUAUGAAUGAAAAGCCAGAAUUUAAGUAACAAACGAUUAGAAAUUUCAAUAGGGCGCAAGUAAAUUCAAAGGGAAAUCAUUAGCAAAUAUCAAUCGUCUAGCGCAGCCUUUUUGACUCGCCAUAUCCGGUUUACUUUUUGUCAUCAAUUUCAUGUAGUCACUCUAUGCAGAUAUGUCAAAAGCAUCGUCUCACUAAAGAGCUGCAUAAGCGGGUUCUAGCAGAUUAAAACGAGACCUUCCCCUUCAGAUAAAGUAACAUCAACUUCAAGGCUCAUCUUUUGUACAAAACGUUAAGGCCAGCGUCAGCUAAACAUACCUUCGCUAUUUGCAGCAAGGUCUGAUGUAUUAAUCGAUAUCACGUACUUGGUCAACAGGAUAAAGGCGUUCGCUUCAUCUAAAUUGGGAACAAUCGUGAAUUGGCACCAAAUAGGCGUUUCUGCUCGAGAGAAGUUAGUUGACAUUAUUCACUGACAACAUGGCUGAAGUGAAUGUCUUUCUCCCUAGAUUGAGUUUGCAAAAUUGGUAAAGGCAUAUUAGUUAUUAUUAGGCAAAGUGACAUGUGCCCAAUUGGCCCUGUUCUCGAAAUUUUCAAUAAAAGUAAACUAUUGUUUUGUAUUUAACUUUAUGCAUUUGACAUAUAUUGCAAAAAUUGAUUACAGAUUUUUCGGACAGUGCAUGUCUACCCUACGAAAACGGCGAAUGGUUUAGGAUUUUUUUUAAAUGGUAAGGAUGAAAUUACUUGUAUGUAUAGCACAAGUUGUGUGGCUGAGCUGGACUAAUAAACAUACUAUCUUACUAAA